CUCGUUGCUAGGAGACGAGAUGCGUCUUUUUACACCGGAGCUCUGUCUGUCUCACCAAUAGCAGGGGCUCUCUUUUGCCGGAGAGCUGAGAUCUAAGGUUUCACUACAGCCCAAGGGCAGCUCUGGAAGCCCCAUUUGUAGGGGUGUUUUCCUUCUACCCUUUCUAAGGCUGGCCGAGGCGGGCCAAGGCUCCUUUCCGGGGUCUAAUCCCUCGCCUAGCCAUGUCUAGGAAAGAAAGAAAGGCCAAGACGCCCCUGUCCGAUGAGGAGCAGGUGCUUUUGUUUCAGCAGAAGUUGUUGGCAGAGGAGGAGAUGGCCAAGAAGAAAGAGAGGCUCCUCAGCCAGUUCUUGAAGGACAAGCUGGCCAAGGAGGAACACAACAGUGCUCUGAACCUUAAUAAGAUUAACACACAGUGGAGAACUGUCCUUCGGGAAGUCAAGACCAGAGAACUUCAUAGGGACAUUGAGAUCCUCAGCCAAACAUUUGAAAGAGUGGUGGACUGCAAGAACAGUGUCAUCAAGUCUUUAGCUAAAGACCUGUCAGAAGCUGAGGAGCAGUACGCCCAUGCCCUGCGCAGCCACUUGCACAAUGUUGACCAGCUCUUGGCCCUACAGAGGCGUCGGCUUAACCUCCUAGAGGAAAGUUACAACACGGAGCUGGAGGCCCUAACCAAGGAGUUUGAGUCAGAAAGGAAGACAAUUAUUGACCAACAUGAGAAAGAGAUUCGCUACCUACAAGAUGUCUUCAUGGCCAUGGAGCAGACCUGUAUAGAUUCUGAGUAUGAAAGCAAGCUGGAGUUCCAGAGCAUGUGGGAUGAUCUCAAAAAUAAGAAUUUAGAAGAGAAGCACUUUCUAAGACUACAACUGGAGAACACAGUGGAAGAUCUAUGGAGAAGGUUCCAGGAUUCCCUCAAGAAUUACACUGAUUCCACAGAGGAUCGAAAGAUUGCCUUUGAGACCCUGAAGGUGAAGGACGAGAAGAGCUCCAAAGAGAUUGAAGCACAGAUGAGAAAAAUACAGAAACUACAGGAUGCCAUAAUUAUUUUAAGGGGCAAGAUCAUGAUACACAGCCGUGACAGUGAAGAACAGAACCAGUAUGUCCGUAAUGACAAGGAAUUGGUUCUUGUACAACUGCGAAAACUUAAGGCCCAAAGGACUGAGGCCCGGGCAGUAUCCCAGGAGAACUUAGUCAAACUCACCCUGGAAAGUAAUGCCACUCUCAAGGCCCUGAGAAAGAUUGUUGAUAAGGGUGAAAAGAUCCUUAAACUUGCUGAAAUAUGUAGGAAAUUUGAAACAGAGGAAGAAAAAGUGCUGCCUUUUUAUUCAUCAGUAUUGACUCCUAAGGAGCAGGAGGGGAUCAAGACUAACCUGGGAGAGCUUACUGAGGAGCUCGCAAAGGUGAUGGUGGACUACAUAGGGAUGGAAAAUUUCUGGAAAAGGUACAACAAAGUGAAACUGGAGCAACUGAGCCUCAAACACAGACGAGUCCAGCUGUUGGAUAUCAAUGGGAAGCUGCGGGAGAUGCUGAAGCAGUACCUGGAUGGCAUCUCAGUGAGUGACGAAGUGCUGAGCCAGGUCAACCCACUCUUCAUAGUCAACCAUCGAAGCAACUUACCCCAGCCCUUGCCCACACCUGUAGCCCAGCCAGAUGACAAACAACAUCCAACCACUUACAAUAUCAUUGAAGCAGCCCACGUGAUCUCCCAUACCCUGUGAUCCAAGGAGGGUUUUUCAACCCCCAGAGAUUUCUUUUUCUGAGACCUGAGGACUUUGCUAUUAAAAGUUUCCAUGGAGUUUAUGAGCUCCUUA